UUACAAAUAACUAUAUAUAUACAUAUAUUAUAUUUAUAAGUCGCGUGUGCGUGCGUGCCGGAAAAGUGCGUUAAGCUUUUCCUAUUAUUUAUUUUGUUUUGUUUUGGUUUUGUUUUUGUUUUUAAACAACUUUCGCGCGCUUCGGCGUUAAGUUUGAACGCCUUCGAAAAUGACUACCAAAAUGGCCAUAAAUGCAAAGGAUAUAUUCCGCAAUCAGCAUCGCUUGAUCCGCUUCAUCGAGCAGUCGAUCAGGCUGUGCAGCAAUCAGUCGCUGAAGACGGCACAGCAGCAGCAAGAGAAGAGCAAUGUCUCGGCCGACUUCGAGAUCAGCGCCUCGGUCAACACAGAGUACACACAUGCCCCGGAGCCGAUCAAGCAUGACAAGGAUCUGGGUCAGCAGUUCAAGGCGUCGCAGCUGGCUGUGCGCCUGGCCACGCCCCAGCAGCUGCAGCCGAAGCCGGACAACGACGAGGAGCUCGGCUUUGGCAAGCUGUUCACAGAUCACAUGCUCAAGAUCUAUUACCACAAGAGUCUGGGCGGCUGGCAGAAGCCGGAGAUAACGCCGCUGGAGAAUCUAGUCAUGCACCCAGCGGCCAAGGUGCUGCACUAUGCGGUCGAGCUCUUUGAGGGCAUGAAGGCGUACCGCGGCUUGGACGGCAAGAUACGCAUCUUCCGGCCGGACAUGAAUAUGGCCCGCAUGAACCUGGCCGCCCAGCGGUCCGGCUUGCCCACCUUCGAGGGCAAGGAGUUCGUCAAGUGCCUCGCCCGUCUGCUCUCCAUCGACUCCGAGUGGGUGCCCCACACAGAUGCCGCCAGCCUCUAUAUCCGACCCACCUUGAUCGGCAUCGAUCCCACGUUAGGCGUCGCCUCAUCCGACUCGGCGCUGCUCUACUCCAUACUCAGCCCGGUGGGCAGCUACUUCAAGACUGGCAGCAAUGGCGCUGUCUCCCUGCUGGCCGAUCCCCGCUACACACGCGCCUGGCCCGGCGGCGUCGGCAACCGCAAAAUGGGCUCCAACUAUGCACCCACCAUCAACGUACAAAAGGAGGCGGCCGCACGCGGCCUCCAGCAGGUGCUCUGGCUCUACGGCGAGGAUCAUCAGCUCACCGAGGUGGGCACCAUGAACAUCUUCAUGUUCUAUGUCAACGAGCAAGGAGAACAAGAACUGAUAACACCGCCGCUGAACGGUCUCAUACUGCCCGGCAUUACGCGCGACUCGAUCCUGUCCAUGACCAAGCAGUGGGGCAAGUUCAAGGUGCGCGAGGGCAUCAUUACCAUGGCCAUGGUCACGGAUCUGCUCAACCAGGGACGCCUGCUGGAACUGUUCGGCACUGGCACCGCCUGCGUCGUCAGCCCCAUCAAUCGGAUCAACUACAUGGGCACGGAUCUGUAUAUACCCACCAUGGAGCAGGAGAAGCCCAUCCAUGAGCUGAUACGCGAGACCCUGACGGACAUACAGUACGGCAAGGUGGAUCACCCCUGGUCCAUGGUGAUUGACUAACCAACAAAUACUUCAAUGAAGCCCAACAACCACCGGAUCAGCACGAGUUGUGUAUUAGUAGGCUAUAGUUCCGAAACUUACUUCUGGGCUGACGAUGUGCUCGAAUUUUGUUCGUUUCUUGCAUUUAAGGAGUGCGCGAAGGCAUUCGAUCUAUACGUAAAACGCAUACAUAAUACAUAUCUAUAUAUAUACACAGUUAUAUAUAUAUAUCUACAGUUAAGUUAAGGGCCGGGCUUUGCACCCAUGGCUAUAUAGUUACUAUAUACCAUAUCUAUAUCUAUAUCUAUCUAUAUCUAUGUCUAUCAUUUUCCCAUAAG